CCCUCUUUCCUCCCCCCACAUUGUUCGCGAUGGCCGCGAAAUCAAAAGCUGCGCGCGCGGUUAAGAAAGCGGAGAAUAAGUUGAAGAACCUCCCCAAUCCGUCUGUGAAGAUCCCGAAGCGCAAUGGAGGUUCCUCGACGGAAACCUCACCCACGACUGAUGGCACGAAAACACCCAAGACACCCGCCGAUGAGGGUAUUGAGUUCUUCGAGUUUGCCCCGAUAGCUGCGGACAAACCCAUACGCGUUUUUGAGCUUCGUUUGGAUCCCGAUGGUGGUCCUGACAAGGAUAAAUCUUACCUGCGACUCCCUCCUGCAGAUAUUCCUUACAUUCUCCGCGUAACACUGGAUGCUGGUACCCCUGCCUCAAAGAACGGCGUGUUCAAGACCAACUUCCCCUUGGAUGGGGGGAAGUUCAGCAGGGAGCGCUUUGUAGAGCGAAGACUCCCCACAAACUUCUCCAAGCCGAUUCAAGUCGAUCUUCCUAUAUCCCAUGCUGGGGCGUUCGCGUAUUGGGUGGAGUACGACGGAGAUGAGCCUGGAUCCCGAACCAAAGGACGGGAGGGCUACUUCAAUAUUGAUCCUUUGCUUCAAACUAAGGAGCGCUCCUCCAUCCUCUCCCCCUCUGGCGCCCCUCUGUCCCCUACUGACGGUGGCGCUGCUCUAAAGAGCAACUAUGUCAAUCUUCCCCUUGAUAGCUUAUCUAUCCUCACUGUUGUCUCGAAGUGGAUGGGUCCCAUGUCUGGGUGGUCCAAAUACUUCGAGGAAGCUCGGGAUAGGGGGUAUAAUAUGCUGCACUGGACGCCUUUGCAGGAGCGAGGCGAGAGUGAUAGCCCUUACUCGAUCCGGAACCAGCUCAGGUACGACCCAUCAAUGUUCUCUGGUGGAAAGGAUGAGGUCGAGAAGGAAAUCGAUGGUGGUAAGGCCAAAGUUGAAAAAGUCUUCAAAGUAGCGAAAGAGCAAUAUGGUCUUUUAAGCCUUACAGACGUGGUCUUGAAUCACACCGCUAACGAUAGCCCAUGGCUGGUGGAGCAUCCUGAAGCAGGAUACAGCCCUGCGAAUACUCCUCACAUGGCGCCCGCUCUCGAGUUGGAUACUGCUAUUAUAGAUUUUUCGGCGACUCUAGCCGCGAAUGGCCUUCCCGUCCGUAUUGCCUCGUACGGCGACAUAGAGACCCUCGUAGGGGCGUUAAAUCAGAAGAUCAAGGACUUGAAUCUCUGGCAGUACUAUGUUUUAGACGUGAACAGGGAGAAUUCGGCCGUGAAGGAGGCGUUCGCAAAUGGCCGCGUCAUAGAGUGGCAGGGCUCUCCCGUCGCAGGCAAGUCCGUCGUGGAGUUGGCAGAGAUUGUACGCUCCCUUGGCAAGGCUGAAGGGCUGGGCGAAUUCUCCGGCCGCUUUGGAGUGAAAGUCGAUGGUUCCUUCGCUGCUGGGCUGGUAAAGGCCCCCUUCGCCGAACUUGGAGAUAACGUGAACGCGCUCGCUGAUGCAUGGGUCCGCGUGGUCGAUGUCUUGAACGUACCUCUGUACCAGGAGUGGGAAGAUGACACCAAGGCCGCAUUGGAAAGCAUCAAGAACAGAGUCAAAUACACCAGAUUAGACGAGCACGGCCCAAAGCUUGGUGAUAUUUCCCGAGAGAAUCCCCUAGUAGAACCUUACUUCACCCGUCUGGCGCCCACGCCUGAAUCGGACCCGUUCGUAUAUUCGCUUGCCAACAACGGUUGGAUCUGGAACGCCGACCCGCUGCAGAACUUUGCGCUGCUGCCGUCGAAAGCGUAUAUCCGUCGCGAGGUCAUUGUGUGGGGCGACUGUGUCAAACUCCGAUAUGGCGACUCUCCGCAGGCCAAUCCGUGGCUUUGGGGAUACAUGACGAGCUAUGUUACUUCUCUCGCUGCGACGUUCGAUGGCUUCCGCAUCGAUAACUGUCAUUCCACACCACUUCAUGUUGGUGUCACGCUGCUGGAUGCUGCGCGUGUUGUUAACCCGGACUUGUAUGUGUGUGCGGAGCUCUUCACGGGGAGCGAGGAGACAGAUAAGUUGUUCGUGAGUCGCCUGGGCUUGAACAGUCUGAUCAGGGAAAUGGGGAAUGCCUGGGAUCCCAAGGAAUCAUCGCGGUUGCUAUAUAGCUAUGGCUUGGGCAAACCCAUAGGUUCGAUGGACUCGGCGUGCUUGACCAGCAACGAGGAACUGCCGCCUCCCACUGGCAAGGGCCCCGCUCGUCCUUGUGUGGUGAUACCUCUUUAUGGGUCAAAGCCUCACGCACUGUUGUAUGACCUGACUCACGACAACGAAUCGUACUUGGACAAGCGAUCAGCCGAGGAUGUCCUGUCCACGGGAGCGCUUGUCACUUUCUCGUAUUCGGCGAUUGGGUCUGUCAAGGGUUUCGAUGAUCUCUACCCUAAGCUGCUCAACCUGGUGCAGGAGAAGCGGCGGUACGAGACAUCUGGGUUGGGUGAAGGGAGCGGUAUUGCCAAGGUGAAACGACUGCUGAACCAUCUGAGGAUGGAGAUGGUCCUUGGUGGAUAUGUCGAGGGUCACGUACAUCAGGAGAACGAUUACAUCGUCAUGCACCGUGUUCAUCCCGGUACGCAGAAAGGCUACUUGCUUGUGGCGCAUACGUCCUUCCAGAAGGGUUCGAAAGACAGGGGCUACAUUAGCCCUCAGAAGCUUCGCCGAACGAAGGCAAAGUACAUCUACGGCGCCACCAUUGACUUCCCAGACUAUGAGGAUAAAUCUGAUUCUGAGACACUUCGUGGUCUUCCCGGAAAGUUAACCGACAUUCCGCCUGUUGUCGCACCCCAAGGUCUGGACAAUGAGGGUCCGUACGUGGAGAUCAUCGUACCAGAGUAUUUCCCGCCCGGGAGCAUCAUGCUCUUCGAAACACAGAUGCAGGAGUACGAUGUAGGUCUGGAUGCCUUCUGUACGUCCGGGGUGGAUGAGGCUUUCUCGGACCUCAGCCUCGUCGAUCUCAAUGUCGUGCUUCACCGAUGUGAUGGCGAAGAGCGAGAUGCGACAUCAGGAGAGAUAGGCUCAUACGCUGUUCCGGGUAUGGGGCCGCUUGUUUACUGUGGUCUGGAAGGGUGGAUGCAUCCUUUACGGCACAUCAUGCGUUAUAAUGACUUGGGUCAUCCUCUAUGCGGGCAUUUGCGGGACGGAGCAUGGGCGCUCGACUACAUCCAUUCGAGACUUGCCAGGCAAGUCGAUAACUUCCCCAAUCUCGUCAAACCGGCGGUUUGGUUCAAAGAACGGUUCGAUCGGAUCAAGGCUAAUAUGCCUCCUUUCUUGCGUCCCAAGUAUUUCGCUCUUGUGAUAUCGACAGCGUACAAAGCCGCUCGCCGAAUAGCCAUUGAACAAUGUUCGGAAUUCGUCUCCACCGGGCACUCCUUCACUCAAGAUCUCUCGCUAUGCUCUGUGCAGAUGCACGGCAUGGUACAGUCCGCGUCGCUCGAUCCCGGCAAGAUUACUCCUUCUUUGGCUGCUGGCUUACCUCAUUUCGCCACCGGGUGGGCAAGAUGCUGGGGUCGUGAUGUGUUCAUCUCGUUGCGAGGGCUGUUCUUGACCACGGGAAAUUUCGACGGCGCGAAGAAGCAUAUCCUGGCAUUCGCAUCUACCCUAAAGCAUGGCUUGAUCCCCAAUUUGCUGGAUUCUCUUCGGACGCCCAGGUAUAACUCGCGCGACUCUCCCUGGUGGAUGCUUCAGAACAUCCAGGACUAUGCAAUGAGCGCACCUGAUGGGUUGGCUAUCUUAUCCGAGUCCGUCCGCAGGAGAUUCCCGAAGGAUGAUACAUGGGUUCCAUGGAACGAUCCUCGCGCAUACGCCGAGUGCAGCACGAUCGCCGAGAUCAUCCAAGAGAUCUUGCAGCGACACGCGGACGGUAUUCACUUCAGAGAGUAUAACGCGGGACCCAACCUAGAUAUGCAGAUGAAGGAUGAGGGGUUCAACAUUGACAUCCAGGUAGAUUGGACGACUGGACUCAUCUUCGGUGGCAAUCAGCAUAACUGCGGCACAUGGAUGGACAAGAUGGGCGAGUCGCAAAGAGCAGGCACGAAGGGAAUUCCCGGAACGCCUAGAGACGGUGCGCCUGUUGAAAUCACAGGGUUACUCAAGAGUACUCUGCGUUGGCUCAAUGAACUCUCUACUGCUGGUAAAUUCCCCUUCAAGGGUGUCGAAGCCGAAGUCGACGGAAAGCGAAGAUUAAUCACGUACAAUGAGUGGAAUAAUCUUAUUCAAGCGUCGUUUGAGCAAUGCUACUACGUUCCGCUUGAUCCCGGUGAUGAUGCGAAGUACAAUGUGAAUCCAAGCAUCAUCAAUCGCCGCGGUAUCUACAAGGACGUCUAUGGCUCAGGACCGGGUAGAGAAUGGUCUGAUUACCAGUUUCGUCCCAACUUCCCGAUAGCGAUGACGGUCGCGCCGGAGAUGUUUGACGAGCAACAUGCGCUCGGCGCCUUGAAGCUAGUCGACAAGACCCUGCGAGGUCCGCUAGGCAUGAAGACUCUCGAUCCCAGCGACAUGCAAUACCGACCGUACUACGACAACUCCAACGACUCGACCGAUGCUGCCAUAGCUAAGGGGUUGAAUUAUCACCAGGGUCCGGAAUGGGGCUGGCCUCUAGGUUACUUCUUGCGCGCAUACCUAUACUUCGACACGCGAGUUGGUGCCGGUAAAGAGGACCCGACUCAAACACUGCAUUACUUGCACCGUCAUCUUCUCCCAAUGCGCCGUCAUGUCGAGAAUGACCCAUGGGCUGGAGUGCCAGAACUGACGAACAAGGAUGGAGCCUACUGUCAUGAUUCAUGCAGCACCCAAGCGUGGAGCUCCAGCUGCGUUCUGGACUUCCUUGAGACUGUACACAAGAUGAACUAGACCUAGCUUUUCCAUACUUGUAGACGUUCAAGAAGUUGUAGGAUUGUCCAUUCUGUAGAACCAUUAGUUACUACAAAAGCAAACUAUGUAUACCCCAGCACGGUCGACACGUCCGAACUUUCCCAAUGAUCAUCCCUCUCCAU